AUGGAGAGCCCUGGGCACCAGUGCGCUUUUAAGAUGGACAAUGAGGACCUCAUGCAGAAUUUGAGCAGUGUGGGCUGGGAAGACUGUGCCUUCUCUGACAUCAAGGUCACUCUGAGGUGCCGCUCCUUCAGGCUGCAUCGUUUGGUCAUCUCCCGCUGCCCUUACUUCAACACCCUCUUCACCGGAAGCUGGGAAGACUCCAAAAAACAUGAAAUCCAUAUCAGGGCUGACGACCCGUUGGUCACCGCAGACGCCUUCAGAGACGUGAUAGGGACCCUGUAUUCAAGGACUUUGACAAUCGAGGAUGGCAAUGUGCGCGAGGUGUUUGCAACAUCUUCAUAUUUUGGUAUGACAGAAAUCUCCAAGCAGUGCGUGGAUUUCAUUGAUCUGCGGCUGUCCCCCGAGAAUAUCAUCAGCUUCAUCAAUUUUGCCAGGAGCUGCCAGCAUGAGCUCAGCAAGGACAUCACUGACCGCUGUGAGGCUUAUCUUUGCCAGUAUGCCUUUCGUGACAGGGCUAUGCAUGCUAAAUUCUGGGAGGUGCAACUCUUCAUGGUGGUCAAUGUCCUCAAGUCAGAUGCCCUUUGGAUCCCUUCUGAGUACCAGCGGUACUGCUUUGCAAAGGAGGUGAUGGUAAAGAAGAUGGCUGAGGACGAUGAGGAUGACGAUGACUACCAGUCUGUGACAGAUAGCGCCGCAGAUAUUUCGGACAUUGGGGGUGCUGAGCCCUCCAGUGAACUUAUGGUGUUCUGCCCCUAUGAAAAGCAGGACUCAGGGUUGUACCCCGUCGUGCAAUUCCCACGGCCGAUCUCUGACCCACCCUAUGAGCCGUCUGUCAGCAGUGCUGCUGAUGCGUGCAGCAAGUCAUGCCACAGGGGUGCUGCCAGCAUGGCGGGGACCAGGAACCAGAGCAGUGGCAAGGUCGUUGAAUCGGCGAUUCUAGACGUUCUGAAGAUGGGCAUUUCCUAUGCUCACAUUAGCCCCGAUGUCGUCCUUGACAUACUGAGGGACGUGAAUGGAAUGCAGAACAAGGACAUCUCCGAUGCCUUUUGCAGGGGCAUGUCCCAGGCCCAUCUGUUUCAGCUCCUGACUGAAAAGGCAGGCAGCGGACAGCACGUGCUGGUGGGGCUUGCGCUUGGGGACGACUUCCCGCCCCCCUUCCGUUUCAGUGUCCAGUUCAAGAAUGUGGCAAAUGCCAGCGAGAGGUGGCCCAGCUGCUCUGACAAGCACUUUUACGGAGGUGCGUGGUGGUGGCUGUCAUGCUGCCGGGCGAAUUGCAAGGACAGGAAUGGUGGGGUUGGGGGUGAGGACGCCUACCAUGGGAUCUACCUCCAUCGGGACAACAAUGUGAAGAACUACCAGAAAAGUCCUUUCAGGGAUCCCAGGGAGAAGGUCCCUGUGCAAUACCGGUUUCACUGCCGUGAUAUCUCAUGCACUGGGACUGUGGAGAUCUCCAAAUCCGUAGGGCACCCAGAUGCCAUUCCCAGUGCAAAGCUGGAGGAUUAUGCCACUGAGGAUUCGCUGUUCUUCACUGCGAUCAUUCAAUUGGUGUUUGAGCUGGUGUGA